CGGCCAUCUUCUAAAAGGCAAUAAACGAAAAUCCUUAGAGUGAUGUAAGAACCCCGCAUAGAGGCUAGCGGGCAGACCUCGCGCCACCGACCAUCUAACUGCUUACUGCUUUCAACUCCACGAAUCUAACGAAUAUCGGGUACGUCGAGUUGUGUCGACGAUUGUGUGUCAAGAACAGAACGCGCUGUCUUUCUAAAUAAAGCUUGUAAAAUCCAAGUUUGGUGUAAAAUAUGUAAAUAAAUUGAAAAUAAAGCUAGUGUUAGUGUGAACCAAAGAUAUUUUUGGUUGUUUUUAACAUUUUACAGGAACUAACAAUAAUAUUUCUAAACACCGACCGUUUCAUUCUGAUGGCGCUAUGGCCGCUAAAACAGGGGAAAAAUAAUCCGCCUUAACCUCAUUCGUGGAUUUGUAAACAACGUUUCAGAAAGCACAUCAACUUUAAAAAAUGCUACAUAUGUAAACGCCGACCACUUUCAAAAAUAAAUACCACAUGAGGAGGAAUCAUGGAAAAAGUUAAAAAGGUUAUGAUGACAGUAAGACAUUUUGACAGACAAAUAGUUUUUAUUUUCUAAUGUUUAUAUUCCUGAUUGUCCAAAAUGAAUGUUAAACAAGAGAGGCACGAUGAAGCGGAGAUCAGAGAACUCGCUGCAAAGUUUAUGGAAGCGAAUAAAGCUAAAAUGGCUAUGCCCCAAAGACCACCACAACAACCUGGUCAAAGCAUGAACAUUUUGAGUUUCCUUGGAAGUGAUAAAUCUAAACCCAAAAAUAAUGGUUCUCCUAGUGAAGCCGACUCAAAAAAUAUCGACGAAGAAUCGGUUAAGGGUAGAUUUGGUUGGACUUUGAUGGGUAAGAUUCACAUCCCCUAUAUUACUCGAUCUGGAGAGAGUUAUUGUGCAGUGAGAAUGGUUGAAAUGAAAGUUUUAAACAAAUUAUUAAAUUAUCUUCAUCAGGACCUUUAUAAUUGUACCAACAUUCGAAGUUACUACAUUACAGAUGCUGAAGCAAGGCUGUUGAAUGAAAUUAACUUUAAACAUUGUGACUACCAGUUUGGUCGUGAACAAUUUACCUCUAAAGACCUCAUAGUUAGACUGACUGAUGCUAAUGAAUUCUAUCAAUUCCUAGGACACUGUUAUGCUAAACUUGUAAAUACAGCAGAAACUGAAAACUUGGAACGGUGCGGAUUUAUUAGGAUCAAUAAGGAAUCGGUGGUUCCAUACACAGUAUACAAUGAACAGAAGUAUGUACCUUUAUUUUAUUUUGAGGGCGAGACAGACAAUCUAAAGCAACGUGCUGAUAAGUUAGAAGGUUGGGACUUGUCAUACUUAAAGUUUUGUUGUAAAGUUCAAGGAAUUAGAAAUGAAUUGUUUGCACAUGACUCCUGUUCAGUGAUUAGUUUAAAUGAUAUCAAGAAUUACUUUCCUCCUGGCACAAUGUUUGAAGACUAUUGGCCAAAAAAAAACUUAGACUCCCAAUUGUUAAUUAGUAGAAAUUCAAAUCAGCAACAAAUUGUACAGUGGACCAGACAGCCCAUUGCGCCCCCAAUUUCAGCACAUCCUCCACCUUCACCCAAACCAGCUACUCAGGCUAAAGCAGCCAACAACAGUCACAUGCAUAAUGUACAUGUGUACCCAAACUAUGGAAUGGCAGGAGGACAGCCGACGUACCACACCACUCAACCUAGAGCAGCCAGUAGUGCAGUUAGGGCUACCUACCCUUCCGCUGCCAACAGAAUGAGACCAUAUUUUCCUAGUAUGGGACAAGCACCUCCACCUUUAGUUAGAGCCAAUUCUACAUCAACGCUGGCGCAAUACAAUGCUCAGAGUAAGGCAGCUGGGGGCUACAUGAUCAUCGAACCAAAUAUGAAUCAAAAUAACUAUCACCAAACAUCACAAGGGAAUUAUCCACCGCCCCUACUUCAUAUGAAUGGAGGGAUAUCAAGGUACGACGGAUCUCAAACCAGGGAGUGUGCGAAUAACUACGGAGUAAACAGUACCUCAGCCCAGAUAGUGAACCAGAACCCUGCACACCAGCAACCUAGAACAGCCACAAGUACCCCAUCGGAGGAACGAAACAGUAUAACCAAUGGCCGAUCGAUGGUAAACAGCGUAAAUAGGAGUAAUAGUAAACUCAUACCGUUAGCAGAUACCCCACCAACGAGCAGUAACAGCAAUCCAUACAAGAUCCAGAAAGUGCUAGUAGAAGGCAAAAUGGUCCCUUGUAUUAAUAUGAAACCAAAUGCCUGGACGGAUAUGUUAGUGACAUUACCGUACUUAGUGACUCAUUUCUUCAAUAAUGUUCCUGUACAAUCGUGUCAACAAGUUAUGCAGGUGCUAGGAAUAGAGAUCUACAAAGCAAAUGCCUCGCAGUUACGGAUACUAACAGAGAAUGGUAGGUGUGGAAAUGGCAGUGAAACAGUACCCUUAGUGCAAGUUAGAAACGUAAUUGACUUCAUGCCUCAGCUAAAAUAUAUGUUGAGCGGUAUGUUAACAUCAGAUGUGGCGUCGAAAAGACAAAGGAAUAGCUAGGAGUGGGUUAGUUGGGGGGGGACCUAUGACUUUAACAUUGACUUUUUCAAUUAUUAGUGAAGUGAAACGGUCCUUAUUUCAUAAACGUGUUAUUUUAUAUCAACUUGUUCCUACUGUGUAAAAUAUACCGAACUUAUAAAAGUGAAACGUUACAUAAAUAUGUAAUAAUUGUAGUUUUUGACGUAAUGUUUUAUUUUUUACGUUUUUCAUUUGUAAAUUUCAUGUGUGGAUCAUUAAGACAUUUGAACAGAUAUUUUAAAUUGUUGUCACUUCAAAAUGGCCACAAAAUAUCACACUCUUAAAAUGCUAAAAGUGAACUAUUACUUGAUUAAAACGCUGUUUCUAGUUCGAUCUUUUAAUUAUUAUCUGCUAUAUUUCCAUUUUGGAUUUCAGUAAACACUAAAUAAUAUAUAGUUUCGAACAAAAUUACGAUUUAUUGAUAAAAAAGCAUUUGAACGUUUUAAACUUGUAAAAAUAUAAAAUGCAUAGCUAAGAAGAAGCUCACUAAUUCAAGAUACGUCAUUCCUAGACUCUUUUUUUCUUAACUAGGUAAUUUAUAAACAAAGAAAUUUUAGGUAUAAUAAAUGACAGGGAGGUAUUUGUUUAGUGAUAAAAAAUGUGCAUUUAUUGUAAAAAACAAUAUGUUACAGUCCUGAGGAGAGCUAAAUAAAUAGCCGAAACAUUAGGAUGAAACAAUAAUGUGCUUUUCUUUAUAUGUUCCUGACCUAUAGAAUAUUAAAAACAGAAAAUACCAAAACAUAAUCAGAAUAUUUAUAAUUAGUGUCAGUUCUACAAUAAAAUCAAAAAAUCACUACAACAAAUGCUUCAAAAACAACUUUUGCGAAAAUACGAAUUUAAAUACCAAUAUUGUUACAAACGAAAUGUUAAAGCAAUAUAGAAACGUAUAAACAUGCCUAAUUUUCAAAUAAAUGAAUCUGUGUAAAAUAUGAUUUUUACCAAAAUUAAAAUUAUGUUUUAGUGAUAUUAGUAUAGAUUUUAACUGCACUGCCAUUGACCUUCUAGCUAAUCACAAAGGUAUUACGUUUUAAAAAUGAUACUGCAUUGCAUAUAAUCCAGUUCAAAAAUGUAUCAAUAAAUUUGUUUCAAUACAAUUUCUGACAGGUCAGUAGCACAGUGAUAAUAAAACACUGUGUUUAAAAUUCUUGGGACUCAGUUUCGGAUCCCGCGGUCGGUUCCCUACUUCAAACAAGGUUAUUAUAGUGGCAAUUGUCACAGGAAAUAACAGAAGAGCAUAUCAAACCCUUACUUCGAAAGUGACCCAACUCAAAAUUCAUAUAUUUUACAUCUUUUGAGUUAAUACCAUGAAUGUGAUUGCGCCUGUGUCAUUUUCGAGGUAUUAAUGUAGGGUUGUUUACUAUUUCCAUUUAUAGUAUUAAUUUAAAAGGUGUUAAUUUUGAGUUGUGUCACUUUUGAAUUAAGGAUGCGAUAUGUAACUUUAAAUAGGACUGCAAGGAAAACCCAUUGUGUCAGUGUGAAGUGACCCUACAUAAUUGUCCUUAUAUUUACAAUUGAAAAUAUUCAAUGUCGUCGUGUUUACAAUUUUUAAUUUCGUUUGAACGUUUAUUUUUUGUAAAUUGUAUAUAGGUAUACCUUUUUUUAUACAUUUCCUUUAAGGGUUAGAAUUUGUAAACUUUUCUGAUCGGCAGUGAUACAUUGGUGAUUAGCAUUUUGGUAUUUAAGAUGUAUAUACUAUAUAUUUAUAUAUAUUUCUGGCUUUUUAGUUUGUGUUCAAAAGUGGCGUAAAUUUCCAAGUGUUAACCCUGAUUUAAAAUGUCUGUAAUCUCUUCUUAUAUUAUUUAUUUGAGAUAAAAUAUAAGGUUAUAGAUAGUUACAUGUAUGUGAAAUUUCCAGGGUAGGGGAUUAAUAUAGUUAUCCUAAUAUACAUACAUAACUAGAAAUCUAAAAAUAGAUUUUCAUUCUUCGUUUUUCAUUUAGUUUUUGUGCAUUUUUUGAGAUUUUUUUUUUGUCCAAGGAUCUGAUAAAUGUCUAAAUUUCAAUUAUUUCACGUCUUAAUUUACCAUUUGAAUUUCUCCUGCCUGUGUGAUAUGCGCAGAACUACAAAUCAGUAUUUUAACGACCAUUGAAAUUAAAAUCAAUGUAAGACAUUAAAAGUAUAAGGCAUUUUAUGAUAUGAAUCAACUCUUAAACAAAAACGAUCACAUGUUUGUUAGAUUUAGAUUUAUUUAUUUAUGAUAGUGAUUUGUUGUGAUAUAUUAUGUACAUAUAGCAUAUUUUUUAUGUAAUUUCAAUAUCAGUGGGUUUUUAACACGUUGGCGGACACUGUUUUCUGACUAUUUUUAAUAUUUGUGUGUCAUAAUUAUAGAAAAACUUUUUUGUAAAAAAAAACAUGGCGACGACGAAUAUAAACGUCAUGUCCUAUUAAACAACACUUUAGGUUUACAUGGACAUUAGCGUCUAUUGCCGUCCUAUGCAAAAUAUUCUAAAAACUUAUUCAAACUAUAAAAUAUUAUAUUACAUAGUUUUUAUGGAAAAAAUCUAAAACAAAACAUACAAAUUGCGCUAUUUGUGCCAAAUAUAAAAAAACAUUCCUGGACAAAGGGAAGGUUUUUUCUGAUAUCUUCUUUCGUAGGUACAAUUCCGGCAGCUUAGUAUUUUCUUUUUUUCUUAAUGGUUCCUCGAAUCUAUAUUUCUUCCAUAAAAUAACCUUCCUGUGGUGUUGUAGAAGUCCUUUUCCUUUUCCGUGAGCGUUUAGAGAUUGCUAAAUCCCUGCCUUCUAAAACAUCGUUGAUUGAGAGUCCCAAAAGACCGUAUUAUUAACUGUCUAAAAGGCAUUCCAAAUGGAGAUAUCCAACACAAAAACCACUUUUUUGUGUCCCUUACUCUCUUUCUUGGACAUGAAUAGUACCUGAUCAUUUGAUCAACCUGGUCAAUACCUGUUAUAUUAUCAUUGUAUACCUCUAUUUCCCAAGGAUUUUUUCAUGGUCCAAAAAACUUCAGUUCAUCUAUGGUAAUUUCUGUAAAUGUUCUAUAACGUUCUUAUAUUUUUAUUUUUCUCUAAGACAUGUAACAUUUCUAUAACAUACAAUAAAUCCAAGUCAAACAACACAAAAAACUUACUGUUUAUUAAAUGUUCACCUGAGGACUCUGUAUUGCUUUUGUUAUAAUCUGAAUCUUUAGAUAGAAUCGUCACUAUCCUCAAAGGUAAUAAAUACCACAAAAGGUAAUCAUUUUUUGAAAAAUGCAUAAUAUGCAAGGAAACUACAAAAUGUUCUAGAAAAAAAGUUCUUUAUUUGGAAAGAUUAAUUUAUCAAUAUAAACAAGUUUUAUAAACUGCAUUUGCUUUGUUUCUGUAAGAUGAAAUCGAAAGUGAUGUUAAUUCUUUAUUUGAGCAACCGAUUUUUGUCCAUUUUUCCUUUCUAUUUUGAUAAACUUCACAUUGGCGUUCCACAUAAAUCAUUGAUACGUUACGCUAGUAAUGAAUUUAAUUUUUUAAAUCCUUCCUUUUUGACAAACUUCACAUUGACGUUUUCAUAAAUAUUUGAUACGUUACGCUGGUAAUGAACUGCAUUUUUUAAAUCCAAACGGGUUUUAGUGAAAGCAGGGCACUGCACCAUGCAGUGUUCUCAGAAACAGUUUGUUUUGAUUGGUGUUAAAAAAAAAGAAAGGAUUGGCAUUGGUUGAUGUAUUAUAGGGUUAAAUAAUCAUGUUCAAGCUCAUAUUCAGAAGAGCUCGAUUCAAUAUCAGGAUUAUUGUCAAUGUAAUUGUUCUUGCCUUUUUUUUUUGUUCAUUUUGUAGUCUAUUCAAAUUUCAAAAACAAAACUUUACAAAAAGUACGCGGCGAUCCACCCAAGUCGAACAAUAAAGGUACGGUCUCUUUUGGGCGAGUAGUCGAGACGUUUAGACGCGGCGCUUAAUCGCUUACGUCUAGACGCACCUGAUCGUACCUAGUGGUCUGUUUACGUCGUCACCUCAAGUUAUCGUCUAGUCGCCAAUCAGUAUUUUUUGUUUCAUUCGACAAAAAUGACAACUAAAAGAUUGCAGCACAAUUGCUUAUAGAAGAAGCAGAAGACGAUGACAUUUUGCGAUUAUCAUCAAUGCAAAAAAAGUGUAAAAAGGUUCAUAAAAUGUUUGUUCAAAGAAGAAAAUAAGGGUGCUUUAGUACGCUAAUAAUGAGACAUUUAAUUGAUGACGAAACUAAAUUCAAAGAAUACUUUU